AUGGAUGAUCCUUCGCUCGCCAGAGACGAAGACUAUGGAAAACUCCAGUUCGGCUGCGAACACUACAAGAGACGGUGCCGAAUCAGAGCUCCUUGCUGCAACCUCAUCUUCACAUGCCGCCAUUGCCACAACGAAGCAGCGGAUUCUUCAUCUAAUCCUCAUGUUCUGGUCCGUCAAAGCGUCAAACAGGUUUCUCUUCCUUCCUUUCUUUCUUUCUGGUGUUUGAUAAUCUUAGUUUUGGAUUGUAUGUGCUUCAGUUGUCUUGUGUGUUUUCAGGUUAUUUGUUCAAUUUGUGACACUGAGCAAGAGGUUGCUCAAGUCUGCUCCAAAUGCGGCGUCAAAAUGGGGGAAUACUUUUGUGAUUUAUGCAAAUUCUUUGAUGAUGAUACCUCAAAAGAACAAUUCCAUUGUCAUGACUGUGAAGUUUGUAGAGCUGGUGGGCGUGACAAUUUCUUUCAUUGCCAGACCUGUGGAGCUUGUUAUGCAACGGGCCUGCGUGAUAAUCACAUUUGCAUUCCCAACUCCACAAAGGGUCCUUGUCUUAUCUGCUAUGAGCCCAUUGAUUCGGUAGAAGCCGCACAGGUGCUGAGAUGUGGGCAUACUAUUCAUGUGGAUUGCUUCGAACAAAUGCUCCAGAACAAAGGCUACCGUUGCCCCUCUUGUUUGAAGUCAGUGAUGAACAUGACCAAUUCUUGGACAUCAUUAGGUCACGAGAUUAUAGCAACACCGAUGCAUCCUGAUCAUGAAAGAGAGGUUGUAAUUCUUUGUAAUGAGUGCCUCCGGUACAGCGCUACUAUGUACCACACUGCUGGACACAUGUGCGCGCACUGUCAAUCAUACAACACUCGCUUAACGUGA